UCCUCAAAAUAUGAGGAGCUCGUUGAAUUCAGAAUGAGGUGUAGAAAAAUGAGUUCUCAUGAUAUUACAAAAAAUGUUGGUUUUCAUUGAAAAAUAACAAGAAGAAAAGAUACGUAUGGUAUCUGGUUCAUAUUUUGACUCUUACUUUUACGACAAUUCUGAUAAAACAUACAUGGGAGAAAUUCAUGGAUAAUCCUACGGUUACCACACUUGAUUCAUUCAGUUAUGAUUUGAAGGAAGUUCCGAUGCCUGGUAUAUCUGUUUGCAAUGUUAACAAAAUAAGCAAGAACAGAGCACAAAAAUAUGCUCGAGAAUUAUCUGGGAAGUCAGGAGAACCAGUAGAAGAAAUUUUCAACAAUAUUUCUCUACUUGGUAGGCUCUAUGAAUAUAGCUUACCCACCAGUUCAUCAGACUCACCGAUUAAUUUUCAAAACUUUUUGGAUAAGUACGAUAGUGGAAUAGAGGGAUUUUUCAACACAUAUAAGGUUCUCAAAGAGAUAUCUACUCCUUGUUCAGAACUUCUCACGAAAUGCCAAUGGCAAGAGGAAGAUAUAGAAUGUCACGAAUUAUUCGUGUCAGAAUUGACAGCUGAAGGACAUUGUUGCGUUUUCAAUUACCUCUUUCAAAAAAAUGAGGAUAACAUUCCAGAAAUAAUCAAAAGAAAUGAUUACCAGGCGAUGAAAUUUGGGAUGUACGGACAUUUGACUUUCAUUGUUACGGCGAAUAUUUCAGAUUUUUAUUACACUACCCUCAAUACCGAAGCAUCGGCCAAGAUCAUGGUGUCUCUUCCAACUGAUUACCCAGAUACUACUUCUGGCAGUCUAACUGAAGAGUUGAUAGGCGUAGGAACAGAAACGUUUCUGAGAGUCUCAUCAGUCACAACCAUAAGUACUCCUGAAGUGAAGAAAUAUCCAAUCGAAAAGAGAGAUUGUAUAUUUCGAGACGAACUAUCGACAGUUUUUGGCGAUUACAGUUACAGUGACUGCAUUAUGGAUUGUAAAAUCAGAAGUAUCGAAGCAAUGUGUGGUUGUAUUCCAUUUAAUUAUAUGAGCAUAUUUAGAGGAAAGUUCUGUGAUCAGUGUACAUUAGCGGAUCUUCCUUGUCUCAACAGACAUGCAAUCAAAUGGAAGAUGAUGUAUCCCGUAGAUUACCACGGAAACGUUUUGGAAAGAGAGAAACAAAACUCCAUUCUGUGCAGAAAGUGCUACCCAGCUUGUAUGGAUACUUUGUAUGCUAUCUCAAGCGACAGUAUCGACAUUUUGGACAACGGGACACAGGUUCGCAACUUCAGCGUCGUACAUGUACUUAUGGAAAAACCUGUUGGAUCUCUCAAUAAACAAGAUGUGUAUUUUUAUUGGUAUGAUAUAAUAGGACUUUUUGGAGGUAUUUGCAGUCUUACAAUGGGAUUGAACUUCAUUAGCUUACUCGAAAUGAUAUACUUUUUUUUGUGUAUUUUUGAGAAGAAAAACAUCGAGAAAAAUCGCAGACAUCAAAAUGUUGAACCAUUCGAAGAAGUUAGAGAAAUGAGUCAGGAAGCAGAAUGAAAUAUUGUAUUAUUUUAGCUGUUAUGGAUAUUUAUGUUUGGGUGUUUUAGUGAAGGAAACAAUAAAUAACUGAAACAGUGAAA